CUUUCUAGCAGGGACCCAGAGACUCGUGCACAAAUCGUCCGGGAGCUCGGUCGUGCUUGCGAGGAAUGGGGAUUCUUCACUGUUGUGAACCACGGCGUGCCAGAAGAGUUACAGACGGCGAUGAUAGAAGCUUCUGUAGGUUUCUUCGAUCUUUCGGCGGAGGAGAUGGAGGAGAAUAUGGGGCGGCAUGUGAUGGAUCCGAUCCGGUGCGGUACAAGCUUCAAUUCGACGGUGGAGGAUGUGCUGUAUUGGAGGGAUUUUCUCAAGGUUUUUGUGCAUCCAGUAUUCCAUUACCCCAAGAAGCCUGGCAUUUUCAAGUAAAUUUGAAACUUUUACUUGCCUUCUUAUUUUGGUGCAUUUUAAUGGAUCAAUUUUCAUUGACAUUUUCUGGUGCAAAAUUCAAGGAGGUGAAGUUCGAUAAAACUGGUAACUUUGGAUUAUGGCAAACAAGGGUAAAAGUUCUAUUGGUGCAACAGGAAAUCUUGAAAGCUUUGCGGGCAAAGAAACCAGAUGUCAUGGAGGAUGAAGAUUGGGAAGAAUUGCAACAACAAGCGGCAGCAACUAUACACUUGUGUCUGGCAAAUAAG